UAUGUAUCUAAUUACAAUUACAAUUUUACUUUAUUCCACUUCAAAUCAUCAAUUUCAUAAUUACACGUAGAAUAAAAUUCAAAAUCUAUUUUAUAUUUCAACUAUGUAAAUAUUAGGCUAAACACUGUGCAAUAGCUUAUGUUUUCAUGAUAUCCUCAUGCACAUUAGUUAGAACAAAUCUUUAUUAUAUUUACAUACUUUAAAGAAUAUAUUUAUUUGAAUUAUAUUAUUAAUACAAUUUUAUAUGUAUCUAUCGUGAAAAUCAAUAUUUGUAUAUUGUGAACAACAAAUAACCGCCAUAAAUAAACAAUGUUUGGCACGAAAUGGCGGAGCCAAUCAGGUAACAGCGAGGGUAUGGCGCGAGACACAUUUGUUACGAAACCGGUAUUUCAUAUCGUUAAACGGUUAAACUCUCAUAAAGGACCAAAUUCUUUUCGAACUGAAAUGGAUUUCCCACCAGAAGUAAAUUCAACGUUUUGGAAAGCUGGUAGAUUGAAAACAUUUGAAAACUGGCCUUUCCAAUCUUCUGAUAAUUUAUGUAAUCCUGACCAAAUGGCUUCUGCUGGAUUUUUUGCCAUUGGUAGCAAGGAAGAACCUGAUCUGGUCGAAUGUUUUAUCUGUUCGAAACAACUUGAUGGCUGGGAUCCUAAUGACAACCCGUGGGAUGAACAUAUGAAACAUCAGAAGGAAUGUCCCUUUAUAAAAUUAAAUAAACCUCAUGAGAAUUUGUGGACUGUACAGAAUUUAUUUCAGCUGUUUAGAAAAUACAAAGUAAAAGAAUGCACAUUAAAAUUGGAUGAAAGUAAAGCCAAGGCAGAAGAAGUAGCUGCAUAUCUGGCAAAUAAAAUACCCCAAAUUUAUAAGGAGUUGAGGAAAAGUUACAAAACUCUAAGUUAAUGUUAAGAAUUGCACAUACCUGUUUACAAUUUGUCCUGUGGCCUAUUCGCGCGACCAUCGUUUUACGCGUCAACAAAAUUCGCUUGUAUAGUAACUUCUUAAUCUGAUGAAAUCUCUCGAAAAAAGAAAUGAUAAUCCUCUUGAUAUCGAUUUAAGAUGAUUAAAAAAUGAAAUAAAGUAUAAAAGAAGACACAGCUUAUCGAGUUUAGAUAAUCUGCGCUAUUAAUUCUUGUCAAAUUGUUCAAUUUUAUCACAGUAAUACUUCAUUUCACGAUAUUA